UGCACUAUGGAAGUAACUACAUUGGAAUCAGACUUCAGUGGAAUCACUUUUUAUGGUAAACAAUGCUGUGAAUUGGUUCGUGAGAAAUUUAGAAAGCGUUCUUCAAACAAACGUAAAACAGCAGUUGAUCCCUGUGAAGUGUGGUGCAGUAAGCCAGUUCAUGUACUGAAAGACUAUUGUGAUGUGAUUAAAAUCUACAUUGUUUGGCCGUUUCUAUUUAAACUUGAGAAUGAAACUGAUUUCAGCGAUUCCUUCUCUUAUGAGCUAAGUUUGGAGAGACUCGGGGAUAUUGAGGUUCUGGAAGACAUGCUUGAUUUGGCUAAGAAAGUUGUGAACAAUCCAUUUUUUAUCAGUGGCAUAUUGAGUAUUGGUACUCGAAUAGAAAAUAGAGUUUUUGAUGUUGGGGCUGCCCUUGCCUGGGUGAAAUGUACAGGCGAGUUCAGUGUUCUACAGAAAUUAGAAGAACUUGGAGAUUACUGUUGGCCUCCUUUAGAAGCUUUCUUUGCUAAAUAUAAACAUUAUAUAACUAAAGUUGCAUUGGAAGACUGCAAUUUAGUUGAAGAGUUUGAAGCUCAGAGUUGUGAAAACUGUAUAAAGAAAAGUGAAUUUAUGAAAAAGAGAGGAAAUUGUGAGUUUUCCAAAGAGAACCUUGAUUUUGCUAUAAGCUCAUACACUAAAGCCAUAGAAUAUUGUCCUGAAAACCAUCUUCUUUACGGUAACCGGGCUCUCUGUUUUCUUCUCACUACACAAUACUGGAGAGCUCUUUUUGAUGGAAAAAUGGCUGCUAUUUUGAAGCCUAAUUGGCCAAAGGGUCAUUAUCGCUUCUGUGAGGCUCUCUCAAUGCUGGGAGAACAUGAAUGGGCCCUGGAAGCUAAUGAGAGAGCCCAGGAACUCUGCAAGAAUAUUCCUGAGCGAGUUAAGGAUCUUAUUCUGCAAAACACAAAGUUAAGGAAGGAAAUGGAAGAAAUUAAAGGUCGGAAAGCAAGUAAACAGAGAACAAAGAAAUCAUUUUUUGAGAAAAGAGAAUAUGGUUCUUCAGGGUCUGAUUUAUUCAUGUCUCAAGAAUCAAAAGAAAUGGACAAAGAAAGGAGGAAAAUAAAAGCAGACUCUAAAGACCACAGCUGUCAUCAAAAACACAUUAUCAGGGUGACUACUGAUGCUAUAAGUGCAAAAAAUAAAGACGGGUCUUCAGUGCUUCCAUCAGGAGAGAAUCACCAAAAUAAAGGAAAACUAAAGAACAAAACCAGUGAUUCUGAAAAGACGAGAGAUCAUCUGAGUUUGAAGAUCGAUUCUAAAAACAUCCAGGAUAAACUCUGUAGUGCUAUCCGAAAGGUGGAUUUAACUGUGUUGCCAGAAAUGUUGAAGUCGCUUGUUCAUGAUGGCUAUACAGCCUUGACGGACCAACGUUAUCGCAGUGCUGAACAAUUCUUUUCACACUUAUUGAAUAUUUUGGAUCCUUCAGAGUUAAAGCAGCUGAAUCUUGCUGUUAUUGACUAUGUGGUAGUCAUCUAUGGACAUGCCACUGCUCUCCUUGGAAUAGGACAGCCUGAGGAAUUAGCAAAGGCUGAAGACCAGUUUAACAAAAUAAUUGAGCAGUAUCACAAGGAGAGAUUUAAUGGCUUGGCACAUUACGGAAUUGGAAAAGUAUACCUUAGACAAAACAGAUUUUCAGAUGCUAUACAUCAGUUCUUGAAAUCACAGACAAUGAUUAAUCGUAAAAUUGUACCUGGAAUUUUAACUUGGCCCACAACAUCUAUUGUCAUUGAAGAGACUCGGACUGAGAAAUUACAGUUGAUGUUGGAGAAUUUCAUUGAGGAAUGCAAGUUUCCUCCAGAGCCAGAUGCAGUUUGUUCUUAUCAGCAGUGCCAUGGACAUUCGAAAAUUCAAAUCUAUUUUACUGACCCAGACUUCAAGGGUUUUAUACAGAUUACUUGCUGUCAGCAGUGUAAAGUGGAGUUUCACAUCAGCUGUUGGAAAAAGCUGAAAACUACAAUUUACAGUGAUAAAAAUGACAAGGAUUUUCUUCAAGAGUCAUGUUUCACUCCUGAUUGUAGAGGCCUCAUUUCAAAAAUUGUUAUCUUCAGUUCUUCUGGUCUCGUAAAAUGUGUGUUUGAACAAAAAAUCCCCAAAAUUAAGGAUCCACCAAGAGCCAGUGUUAAACAGAAAUGUUCAAGUUCUAGGAAGCUAAAAAUAAAAGAAGAAAAAAAAAUAAAGAGAAAGCAUGUAAGAGAAGAAGCACUGAACUCUGCCAAGGAUAGCGUGGAAGAAAAUAAAAGGGAAGAUAAUAUAUCUAAGUAUGAUAGUCAUAAAGGUCAUGUUCAGAAGUUCUUAUUUGCUAGUGAUAGAGUCCUGCAGCAUAUUUUGCAGAAUGUUGAACAGAUAAAAACUGGUAUACAUGACACUUCCAAACUUCUAAGUGAACUACUUUCUUGGUGGGUAAUAAGUGAGGAGGAUUACAGCAUGUGUUCCACAAGUAGCAGUACAUCAAAUGAAGUGAUGGAGCAGCUCAUAAGUCAUUUAAUUCAGAAGAAGAAUAGAGUAAACACAAGAAUUUUUGUCCAUGUGCUGAGUGAGCUUGAAGAAGUGGAUCCCAAAUUACAUGAGUGGAUAAAAGAUCUUAACAGUUUUGGUUUGGAAGCCACAAAGAUCUUUUUCUCUCGUUAUGGAGAUAUUGUUAAAGAGCUUGACCUUAGCUUUAUAACCAUUCUCUGGAAUGAGAAGUAUGGCAGUAAAUUAGGCAAUGUGUUGACCAGCUUUGAAGAUAAUGAAAUACUUAAGUGUUUCUAUGAAGCAUCAUUGAAGGAAACUCGUUGUGUAAUAUGGCUAUUAGAGGAUAAUAGAGAGAAAUUUCCAUCUCUGCAUCAAGCUUUAGACGAAUUCUUUGAUAAAAUGGAUGUUCCUUGCAUUAUAUUAAAGAAGCAGGAAAAUGAAGAUCUCUCCACUAAUGGUAUCAAAGUUAAAAACAAAAAUAGGAAGAAGAAGACAAAAGAAUCAAGGCCUAUUUUAGUACUAUCUGGUGGGGUUGGUGCAGUAACCCGAGAAGAAGACAGUAUAUUUCCAGAAGAAAAUACAUUAAGUUUUAUGAAUCCUGGUGAGCCUUUCAUAAUUCCAGAAUAUCUUCGUGAUCAAGUGGAAGAAUUUGAAGCUCUGUAUGACAAUGUUUCAGACAGUAACAAUUAUCAGAGACUUUUGGAUAAUAACCCAGACCCAACAUGUAAAAAUUUAUACGACUAUUUCGCUCAGAUCUUGGAGGAACAUGGUCCCAUGGAAAUUGAUAAUAAAUUGUUAGUUGGAGAAUAUGAACAUUUCCCUGCAGAAGCUCGUAAGGUUGUGGAAGAUGCAGGUGGUCUGAAACCUUUCCUUCUGGAAUCCCUUCAUUUUGUUAUGAUGGAUGAUCUUAUUGGCUUGAUGAAGCAUGCAAUUCUGCUUAAGGAAAAUACUGAGACUGAAGAAGAUACUAGAAAUGAAGAGGAAAAUCAAAUAGCCUGUCAAAAUAGUCACGAAAAUUCCAAGAGCAAACUACAGUUAAACCCAGCUGCUAAGGAAUUCAAACCAGUAUCUUAUAUUAAACCUUAUAUACCAAUUUCUACUAAUACUACAGUAGCAAACUGUGAAACUCCAGAUUAUUCAGUCACGGGAUAUUCCUCACAUAUUUCUCAUAUUUCACUGCAUUCUCUCCCUAGUCAGAGUAUUGAUACCAUAGAAGGACCACUAUCUUUUUCAAAUGAAUUACUGCACUCCUCUAUUUCUGAUAAUCAUGAUAUACCUCUGACUAAGGUUUCUUCGGGUUAUGAAAAUGAAAGAACGUUCUCAAUGAUUUCUCAAAUACCUCCUAUUCCAGAUGUUGCUGGGCAACCUAGUUAUAUAUAUGCUGAUUAUGAAGCUCCUCUUGAUAUUGAUAAAAUAACAGUAUUCGACAGAGAGUACAUAUCUGGCAAUCAUCUACCAAGUCAAAUACAAACAUACCUGGACGCUCAGAAUGUAUUGGUGAAGUCAGACUACAGCUCUUAUGAAGCUAAUCUUGACCAGGGUAUGAGUAGUAUUAAGGAAGUUAAAUAUGAUCUAUCUGCUGUUAAAAUGGAAUUUGAGAAUAAAAAUACACCUGUAGUGAAAAGCAUUCCACUUACAAGGAUGAUAGCUAUUCAGGUAAAUCAGGAAUUAGCAGACCGGGACACUAAUACCAUGCCUUUUUAUCCAUUUGAAACUCAACAAGGCGAUAUUUUACGUAUGGAAAAAGAGCAUCAGGUAUUACACGAGCAACUUAAGGAAGCAAAGGAAAAAUACGAACAGUUACAGUGGCGAAGCUCAGAAGAGACGAGUGUUUUAGAAGAGCAGUUAAAAAAAAGAGUUGAAGAAAAUAAGAUUACACAAAGAGAGCUGGAUUGGUUUCACCAAGAUUUAGAAAUGGAAGUUAAGAAAUGGCAACAAGAAAAAAAGGAAAACCAAGAGAAAUUAAAAGCAACAAAGAAUACAUCCAAAAAACUUGCAGAUACUAAUGAGAUGUACUUGAGGAACAUCGAUGAGAAGGACAAGCAAUAUACAGUGUAUUUGGGUAAAUUCCUGGAGAUCAGUAAUAAAUUUGCCAAUGAAAAAGUACAACUGGAGGAGCUAAUAAAAAAGAGCAAAGAUAAUUACCAGGAGUGUAUUAAAAGAGCUGUUGCAGCAGAGGUGUCAGUACUUGAAAGUUGGAAGAACACUGAAGUAUGCAAAUUACGCAGCAUAGCUGCAAAUGCAGAAGCAAAUCUUAAAUUCCUAAAGUUAAUGAGCAGUGGUCCCACUUCAGUGUUACCUCAGUUGAAGUCACAGAUUGAUUCUUGGGAAACAUUUAUUUCAAAUAUCAAGAAAGAAAUGGAAAAAGUAGAAUCUCAGUAUGAAGAGAGAAUUCACUUAGUGAAAAAUGGUGCACAGCUAAAUGAUCUCUCUAGAGUGAAAGCUGCUGAUCUUCAGUCCCCUCCUAGCAUCUCAGUAAUGCAAGGCAGUCCUCCUAUUAAUGAUCCAGCCAUCAUAAUGUAUUCAUCUGCACUUGUACGUCCCACUUUACUUCCUGCAUUUUCAAGCUCCAAAGAUCAAAGUCCGGUGCAUUCCACACUUAAUGUGCAAACUGGAAAUAAAACAGCAUGUAAAAGUCCUAAUCCUUGUUCUGCAAAGAAUGGAUCAGUAGAAAUACCCUUUGAAACGUUAGGAGCAUCAUACUCUGAUCAAGUUCGAGUAGCCCAGCCAUCAGGGAUUUCUGGAAGUACUGCUCAGAACAUACAGCCGAACCAAAGACAGCUAAAUGAUCCAGCAUCAGCUACGCAGUUGGGAGCUGUUGGGGUGCCAAACAAGAAGGCAUUUUCAAAAGCACUUGAUAAUAUCAUUGAGCGUCUAACGGCUAUAUUUCCACACUAUACAAGUUUUGAUCUUACUAACUUCAUAAAAGAAGUACAAAUUAAAAAUGGAAACAAACUUUCAGGAUUGAGCUCAGAUGAAAUCCUUACCCGAGUGACAGAACUCAUUCUGGACCAUCAAAAUAAGAAAAAGGCUCCGACCUCAGCAAAGAGAACCAAAAAGCCAGCAUCCUGCGCUGUAACUCAGACUCUGAAAGUAGCCAAGUCUGCCGUGGGAAAUGUGUCUAGCCUAUCCAAGGCAAGGCCAUCCUAUAAAACUGUUGCAAACAAAACAACUCAGCCAUCACAGCCAACCCACCAGCCGUGGAGACUUGUUGGAGGACCAUCACAAUCAAAAUGGAUAAAAUCAAAUGAUUCUACUGCAUUGUAA